AUAACUUCAGCCAUGACAAUGGGCAAGAUCAUCUUCUACGAGGACAGGAACUUCCAGGGACGUUCCUAUGAGACGAGCAGUGAUUGUGCCGAUAUGUCCACCUAUCUGAGCAGGUGUCACUCCUGCAGGGUGGAGAGCGGUUGCUUUAUGGUCUAUGACCGCACAAACUACAUGGGAAAUCAGUUUUUUGUAAGGAGGGGAGAGUACUCUGACUACCAGCGUAUGGGCAUGAGUGAUUGCAUCAGGUCUUGUCGCACAAUCCCAAUGCACAGAGGCCAGUUCAGGAUGAGAAUCUACGAGAGGGAGAACUUUGGUGGUCAGAUGCACGAGCUGAUGGACGACUGUGACAACAUGAUGGACCGCUACCGUAUGAACGACUGUAUGUCCUGCCAUGUGAUGGACGGCCACUGGCUGAUGUACGAGCAGCCUCACUACAGAGGCAGGAUGAUGUACUUCAGGCCUGGAGAGUACAGGAGCUUCAGAGAGAUGGGCUGGAGCGGCAUGAGGUUCAUGAGCAUGAGACGCAUCAUGGAUUCCUGUUAUUAA